AUGGGUCGGUGAAACAGCAUUGCGGCCAUGGCAGAACCGCAGCCUGCAUCCAGCGGCCUCACCGACGAGGCUGCCCUCGGUUGCUGCUCUGACCCGGAUCCCAGCACCAAGGAUUUUCUGUUGCAGCAGACCAUGCUACGAAUUAAGGAUCCUAAGAAGUCAUUGGAUUUUUAUACUAGAAUUCUUGGAAUGACGCUACUCCAAAAAUUAGAUUUUCCCACUAUGAAAUUCUCACUCUAUUUCUUGGCUUAUGAGGAAAAGAAUGACAUCCCAAAAGAUAAAGAUGAAAAAAUAGCAUGGGUAUUCUCCAGGAAAGCUACACUUGAACUGACACACAAUUGGGGCACAGAAGAUGAUGAGACCCAGAGUUACCACAGUGGCAACUCAGACCCUCGAGGAUUCGGUCACAUUGGAAUUGCUGUUCCUGACGUACAUGGUGCUUGUAAAAGAUUUGAAGAACUGGGAGUCAAAUUUGUGAAGAGACCUGAUGAUGGUAAAAUGAAAGGUCUGGCAUUUAUUCAAGAUCCCGAUGGCUACUGGAUUGAAAUUUUGAAUCCUAACAAAAUGACAACUAUUAUUUAGUUCUGUGAGAAUACUGCUUUGUGAUUUCAGUGAAGACCUUGUGGGAGGUAAAAAAGGAAAUGGUGUAAUUCAAGAUAGACAACAGAAACAUCUAGGACUGAAGAAUCAUUGUCCCAAUUCAGAUUAUUCUGAAGUCCAUUCCCCUUUUCUAUUUCAGCCUAUGUUUUUCACCUAAUAAUUCAGUCAUUGUGGUUUUAAAGUAGUGCUUUGUCUUAUGUCCUUGAAUGUAGUUAAAUAACUUUACUUUUUUAUGUAAUAAUUAGAACAGUUCCCUUCA